CCUAAUUUCAAGAAACAAAAAAAUCUUCCUCUCUUUUAAGAAUUGGUUCAACUAAUAUAGGGCAAUGAAGAGUCUCUCAUUUCUUACAGCUCUAUCUCUCUUGGCUAUAACGCUUCACUUAGUCAUAGCUUCUGACCCGAGCCCUCUUCAAGACUUUUGCGUCAGCACCAACACAUCAGCAGAUGCUGUUUUUGUGAACGGAAAGUUUUGCAAGGACCCGAAGCUCGUAACAGCAGAUGACUUCUUUUACUCGGGGCUCCACGAGGAAAGAAGUACUGCGUCUAGUCCAGUUGGAUCUGUUGUGACAACCGUCAAUGUUAACAACAUUCUAGGGUUAAACACUCUUGGAAUCUCAAUGGUCCGUAUAGAUUAUGGAGUCUACGGACAAAACCCACCUCACACGCACCCACGUGCCACCGAGAUCUUGUAUUGCGCAGAUGGAACUCUUUUAGUAGGUUUUGUCACAUCUAACGGAGAUGGAAACCGCCUAUUCACCAAAACACUCAACGUGGGUGAAGUGUUUGUGUUUCCAGAGGGACUCAUCCAUUUCCAAGUGAACAUAGGACAAUCAACCGCGGUUGCAUUUGCUGGUCUGAGCAGCCAAAAUCCAGGUGUUGUCACUAUUGCGAACACUUUGUUUGGGUCUAAGCCAUUGAUCGACCCCAAAUUUCUUGCAAGGGCAUUCCAGUUGGACCCUUCGGUAAUUGUGGACCUACAGAACAAGUUUCAACAAAAAACUUAAAAAUAUAUUUUGCUUUAUUUUGCUCCAAUCUUAUGUAUCUC